AUGCCAAAUAAAUACAAAAUCGCAGGGAUGGCGAGACGGGGCCUGCUUCUCCACUUUGCCCUGUUCUGCUUGUCCUAUGUUGCAAAGUGUAAAGUGCCCAAUGGAGGGUACGAACAUACGAAUAGCAGAUUCGUCCAAAGUAAAAUUAACGUUCUGACUUGGCUAACCAACGUAAUAUAUCCGUCCGAAACGCCCAAAUAUUUUAAAAAACAUUUGGAUUACCGUGUACAAAGGAGGAGCAGACGAGAAGCUCGCAACGGUAGAGAAGUAUGUCGCGAAUAUUUCUUGAAGCAGACUUACGACCCAGUCGAUCUGAAUAGCCAAUGGCUCCAAACGGACAACUGGCAGAUCGACAAUGAGAAGGCAGUGAUAGAAUACAAGGGGAGGGACAGCUGCAGAGAAUCAAAUCAUCCCUUUCCCUUUGGAUGGCUAGACAACAGGAUGAGCACCCGGACGUCCCUAAUCAAAAGGGACUUCUUCUGCAAGAAAACCAUAGCCCAGCUGGAGGUCCAAAUGAACGACGCGCAGUCAUGCGGGUUAAUUUUUCGCAUCGUCGGGGAGCGAAAUUAUUGGGGGCUCCUAAUAGACAACAAGAUUUUAAAGCUCAUUCGCGUCAAGGAGGGAGAGUUGUUGGUACUCAAGGAAUUCAAAGAACUGAAGAUUAAAAGCGACAACUGGUACGUCUUAUUUGCGCAGGAAGUGAUAAAGGACAUAAAGGUUAGGGCGGGGAAGUAUGGAGACCUUUCCGUUGACUAUCUCAGGAAAAGCGAAGACGAGUCGGAAUAUAGCACAGCUAAGCAGGGCGCGUUUGGACUGUUGGCCAACAAGGGGAACUGCAAAUUUAGGAACAUCGUGCUGCGAGGGAAGAAGUGGAGCAAAGAGUACGAAAAGCUGAAGAAGGGAACGCCCUCCCUGCUGUAUAAUCUGGAGGAAAUAGAGUCCCUAUAUGAUAAUUUUAAAGGUGCAUAUUUUGAGGGCCUAAUGUGGGGAGUCACGAAAGGGGGAAAACCAUAA